AUGAUGGAGCUGACAGCGCACCAGAGCAGUGUGGGCAAUGUCCUUCAGGCAGGAAACCAGCUGAUCGCUCAGGGCCACCUCACAGAGGAGGAGGAAGAGGAGAUCCGGGAGCAGAUGAGUCUGUUAAACUCUCGCUGGGAGAGCCUCCGAGUGGCCAGCAUGGACCGCCAGGCCAGGCUACAUGAAGUCCUCAUGGAUCUUCAACAGCAGCAGUUACAGCAGCUCUCUGAUUGGCUGACAAAAACAGAAGCCAGAAUCAGAAACAUAGAGACUGAACCGGGGGCUAAAGACAUGGACACAUACAAAGAGCUAAUAGAGCAGCACAAAGAGCUUCAGAAUGACCUGGAGGCCGAGCAGGUGAAGGUGAACUCUCUUACACACAUGGUGGUAGUGGUGGACGAGAACAGUGGUGACAACGCCACCGCUGCGCUGGAGGUGCAACUACAAUCUUUAGGCGAACGUUGGGCUGCGGUGUGUCGCUGGACAGAGGAGAGGUGGCACAAAUUGCAGGAAGUGCUCAUGAUCUGGCAACAACUUCAAUCAGAUCAGAGUUUAUUCAAAGACUGGCUGACAGAAAAAGAGGAAGCCUUGAAUAACGUCCAAACUAGUAACUUUAAGGACCAAAGCGAAAUGAAUACAAAUCUGCGGCAGUUGGCGAUUCUCAAAGAAGACAUGGAGAGGAAGAAACGCACUCUGGACCAGCUUUCGGAUGCAGGGCAGGAUGUGGUGUCGUUACUGAGGAGCCCGGAGGCCGGAGCAAAGAUAGAAGUCGACACCGAGGAGCUGACCCACCGAUGGGACAACCUGGUCCAGAAGCUAGAGGACUACUCCUUCCAAGUGAUGGAAGCAGUAGCUGAUGCUGGGAUGACCCCGAUGGAAGAGCAGGUGACUGUGGAUGCAUCUGCUGUAAAGGUUCUCUCCUCCACUGAAGACCAAGACGUGGCACCACCGGCUCCUCCAAAGAAACGACUGCUGGAGACCGAGCCACAAGUCAGACAAGUGUUUGAAAAUAAGCUAUCAGAAUAUCUAUGCUGGAUAAAAGCAUGGAAGACCUCAACGCAAACUUUAGCCUCUGGAAACUUGGAAAUCGCAAGUAAUACUACGGAUAUUCGGGGAAAACUAAAUGAAUUGGAAAAGGAACUAAAUUCAAAAGAAGCCUCAGUCGGACAAGUAAUUCAGGAGGGACGUGGCCUGGUGGAGCAGCUGGAGAGAGAGGGAGUGAACAUGGAGGUGGUGCGGGGGGAGCUGGAGCUGUUGCAGACGGACUGGGACGUGUGUGUGAGGGAGCGACAGGCGGCGGAAGACAGAGUGCAGACCCAGAGCCGUCACAGCGCUGUGUCUGCAGAGCUGAGCCACGUGGACCAGGCCCUGAACCGACACGACGACUGGAUCCACUCAACCCCAGCGGACACACGUGACGGACAGGAACUCCGUCAGCUCAGCCAAGAGGCCAAGUCGAGACUGGAUGAUGUAAGCUCUCUGGGCCCCCGGCUUGAGCGAUUGUCUACUGAAGCAGGGCCCUCUCUCCGGGACACGGUGGUGCUGGUGUCUGCGCAUCACGCCUCCACACUGCAGCAACUACAGGGCAAAGAGGAGCAGAUCUCCACUGCUCUGCACUAG